AGGAUGACGUUUCGCCCGUGUUUUGUGCCGUGAGCUUUUUAGUGGCACAAUAUUUUGUUAUAGUGCUAAUUUUACCACAAAACAGUGAUAUUAGUGUGUGAAAUACCCAAUGUACAGCUAAAUUUGACCGAGAAAGUUCAUUUUUGACGUGUUUACCAGUGGCUUAUAUUGAAAAAUUGGAUAAUAAGGACGAGUGAGCGAAUCUGUUAGAUAGUCUGCAAGGUACAUCUCGUAUUAAGUGUGAUCGCGGAAAAAAUGUGACCGAAUCACUAUAAUCCUGUAUAAUGUGUGAGUGUAUUAUGAAUUGUGAUACAAAAUUGUGAGAAAUGGGUGACAGGCUGAAACAUCCAUUCAAAGUGAAAUCAAAAACGCUUGUGCUUUUCGGAUAAUGGAUUUAAUGUCGGAUUUAUCGCCACUGAGCCCGGGACUGAUCGACGAGUUGGAGGCUUUCAUGGCCCCCGUCGGCGAGGGAUGCUACCCGCCGCAGCCCAUCGACGCGCGUCGAAUCGGGGGCCACCAGCUACCAGAAAGCCCGCCAGAUUCCGGUUCAGAAAACCCAUACAGCCCAGAAACUCAAGUAUCCCACACAAUCGCCGUAUCCCAAACAGUCUUAGGAGGAGACUACAUGCUGGUACCAGACCAUAUGACACCACACGAAAUCCUACAACAAAAUGGCGAUUAUAUCUACGAGGAACUAAAGACAGAUAACAUAGACCACGAGGUUUUAAGGUCCAAUUUAAAUGAUGUGGUUGUUCUACCCCAAGAUGCAAGUAUAGUUGAUUUAGGGUUAAGGUCAGUUCGUCAUGAUUUGGGGCUAAAUGAUCCCAUUGCGUACCAGAACCGGUAUAAUCAAAUGAGGGUAGAGUUGCCAGAUUUGGAGCAAGGUCUGAUAAAUCCUCAGUUGGUUGCGUUGGGACAUGAUACGUUGACGCCGGUGUAUACAAAUCUUCAAGAACCAAGUGGAAAGAAGAGAAAACAUUCGCAGGACGUCAACUCGCAAGUUAAAUGUGAACCAGCGGCGUUAUCACCGGAGACAGUGGUACGACCGCCACCCUCGGUGGACGGUUCGGAAGCCGGCGACGAUGCUCCUCUACAGUGUAUACGGUUCGCACACUUCCAGCAGAACGUCUGGCAUUCCCUCUACGACUGCAACUUGAAGCCCUUAUCUACUCUAUCCUACAUAGUCGGAGCCGACAAAGGUUUCAACUUCUCACAGAUCGACGAGGCUUUCGUCUGUCAAAAGAAGAAUCACUUUCAAGUGACGUGCCAGAUACAGAUACAAGGAGACCCGCAUUACGUGAAGACGACGGAAGGAUUCAAGAAGAUUAACAACUUCUGCCUUCAUUUUUAUGGCGUCAAGGCGGAAGACCCAAGUCAAGAAGUAAGAAUUGAACAAAGUCAAUCAGAUAGAACAAAGAAACCAUUCCAUCCAGUGCCUGUGGAGCUCCGUCGCGAAGGUACAAAGAUCACAGUGGGAAGACUGCACUUCGCAGAGACCACUAACAACAACAUGCGCAAGAAAGGCCGACCAAAUCCUGACCAGAGGCACUUUCAACUUGUCGUAGCUCUUCGAGCUCAUGCCUCUCACGCGGACUUCAUAGUAGCGGCGCAGGCUAGCGACAGGAUUAUUGUUAGGGCAUCAAAUCCCGGUCAAUUCGAGGCGGACUGCACGGAGAACUGGUGGCAGCGUGGCGUGUCAGACAACAGCGUGCAUUAUAAUGGGAGAGUGGGCAUCAACACUGACAGGCCAGACGAGUCCUGUGUUAUCAAUGGAAAUCUGAAAGUAAUGGGGCACAUAGUCCACCCGUCAGAUGCACGAGCCAAACACAAUAUCGAGGAGUUGGACACCGCACAGCAGUUGAAGAAUGUACAGAGCAUACGGGUGGUGAAAUUCAACUAUGACCCAUCGUUCGCGGAACAUUCUGGGCUAUUGGGCUUUGACCCGCGCUCCCCUGCGCCGCUAACUGAUACGGGUGUGGUCGCCCAGGAGGUCCGAAAGGUUCUACCCGAUGCGGUGAAAGAGGCGGGUGACGUCACACUGCCUAAUGGAGACACUAUACCCAAGUUUCUGGUUGUCAACAAGGAUCGUAUCUUUAUGGAGAACCUUGGAGCAGUGAAGGAGCUGUGCAAGGUGACGGGCAACCUGGAGUCCAGGAUCGACCAGCUGGAGCGAAUCAAUAAGAAGCUCUGCAAGAUCAGCAUCUUGCAGCGACGGGAUAGCUCUAGGUCCAGUGUUAGCAAUGACUCCCGUUUCUCAGGCAUAUCGGCUUCAUCAAAGUCGUUUUACAGCGACGGCAACAUUUCCAUUGAUCAAAUCCGAGACAUAGCCCGCAGCAUCCGGCGACACGAGUGUUGCCACAAACUGAGCCACAACUCCCCAAAAUUCACCCGAAAACAGUGCAAGAACUGCCAUAACAACUACGCCAAAUACGGGAAAUACUACAACUACAAUAAAACAUGCGUCAGAUACCAUUCUAGUAAAGAAAAGUCUGAGAACGAAAACACAUAUCCAACCUAUGUUAGUACUAUAGGUUCUGUUGCUCAGAAGUUGCCUGCAGAUGACACUUUUAGUGUGAUUUCAAAAAAGAAAGACGCGUGUCUAUGGUUGAGGGAUGAGGACAGUUUCGGGAAUGGCAACACUAAAUUGGGUUUUUGCUGUCGGAGGAAAUAUAAAUACGGGGAUGCCAGCAGUGAAUUGAUUUCGAAUAAACUACUACAGAUUAUUAUAACAAUUUUGAUUUUUAUUAUGGCUGUUUGCUUGGUGGUGAUGUCAGCCCUGUACUUCAGAGAGCACCAGGAGCUGCUAUCAAUGAAGGAGAUCCGGUCGCGCGAGAGGUUCCCCUCCUACCAACACCGAGGGAAGUUUAACCCCAACACUGCCUCCACUCACCGCGCCACGCCGCCCGACCAGAACCAAAUACAGAACUUAAAAGCUGCUCAGCACACAGCAUCUAAAAAAACUGCAAAAGAGAAAGGUCCGUAUAAAACCAGUCCGGAGUAUACAACAUCAAGUCCGCAAACGCAUUCUACGGCCACGACGAUACACGCGUCCAAGAACUACGUUAAAAAUGUGCUUCAUAUAGAAGAAUCAUCGGAGCCUCCACUGGUUGAAUUGGACACACCUGUAUUAGUAUCUCGGAUCGCUGAAGUCAUAGGCAGCGGAUGCACCUUCACUGCCAAUUCAGACAAUGAACUAGAUGCAGAAUGCCAGUCUUCAUGUGGUUUGGACUCACCACAGACAUAUGAAAAUCAGGAGCCUCUAGAAAGAUCUAAGUCAGACAAAGACCUGAACGAGACCUUCCCCCGUCCCCUUGAACCAAUCACCAGAGAAAAGAUCCCCCUAACGCCAGACAUACCCGAAAAAAACAAUUCCAAAAUCCAAAAAACUGACAAUGAGUCAAUGAAAAAUCAAAUUCAUGAUGAAAUGAUGGCUGAAUCUAACUUCUUGGACGCUAAUAAAGUCAACGUGACUGAGACUGGAGUAAGAGUUAAAAGAGAAGCAAAUGAGAAGAUUGUAUUGAGGAGAAUUGUAAGAGAAAGUAACGAAGCACUUAUGAGAAGUAGUUCUGAGGAUAUGAAUAUUGAACAGUCUGAAGAAAUAAGCCCGCCUGAAUGUGACACGAUAACCGUGGGUAUAGCGAGCAAGUCAGUGACAAAUGACACAGUAUUCAGCGAGAGGAUAUGUGCACGAGCACUUCAUAAUUACACCUACACCGUGCCUUUAUCUCACUGUCUACACCACAAACACGUCGAUAUUACCUUCAGGUCAUUGAAAUUAAAAGAAAUCCGCCUUUGCGAUCUCCACUGCAAGUAUGACUCAAUCAAGAAUUGCCAGUUGAACCGUGAAAUAGCCAAACCCAUUCCCACUGGCGACUACUGGACCUCCAAAAUGACAUUGGAAUGUAACAUGGACAGGCAUAUGAAGAUUCGAGCUGGAUUUUUGCCUUUGAAGGACCUUUGCUACCUUGCGCCCGAACCUAAGAUGCCAUUCGUAGAGUUCAAUAUUCACGUAUUUAGAGAUUGUCGCAAUUAAAUAAUAUUAAGAAACACAAAUGUUUUAAUAUUAAAUUAUAUAUUCUCCUAAAAAAAGUAGGAUGUUUAAAAAUCUACCAUUUUGGUAGAAAAUAACGACUAAGUAAUAAUAAUACCAUUCCGGUGAAGUUCUUUUUAAUCUUUGUCAAUCCGUCUACGGGUCCGUAUCUUAGGUAUCUUGUAAGGACUUUCACGCGCCACUAUCUGACGCCGCCUGGAUUCACCGGUUUACUGCGACUCCGCCAAGAUUCAAUACUAGGACGAUGACGUUUGAAGUCAUCUGUUCAUCCAGUGAAGUUUCCGACGCCAGGUCGUCAUUCCAACAUCAUGGGAUCCCUAUGUCAUUGUUUCUUCAAACCAUGUGCGUCGCCCAUUGCCACUUCACUUCGCAACCAGUUGGGCUAUGUCGGUUCCUACUCCGGUUCUUCUAUGGUUAUUUUAAUUAUAAUCUCAUAAAACGUUUCAGUAUUUAUUUUAAACUUUAGUUCUAAAUAAUUUUUAUUUAUUUAGAUAUUAUAUGUAUUUUAUUGCAGUUGAUAGAAUUGUGAGCUUUUUUUGUAGUUUGCAGAAAUAAUAUUAAAUAUACUGACUUUAACUUGAAACUAGCUUCUUAAGCAAAUAUCAAUACAUCAUUAUUUUUUCAAUUUUAGCCAAAAGUAAAUACUUAGGAACUUUUUAAUAAAAUUCCGGUAAAACUCAUGUUUCUAUGAACUGUAAAUAGUUACAAAACAUUCCGAAAAGUGCAAUUAUCACUAAAUAUAAACCUUCCGUCCUGGAACAUAUUAUUAUAAUAUAAUGUAUUAAAAUCAUUCCUUUAUAGCAAUAAUAUAGCUUUAAUAAAAAAAUAAUGUUUAAGGAAGUUGCAUAAUCUAAAUACAGUCCGAUUUAGUUAAUCUACCUUCAAAUGUAAAUUGGAUGGCAGAUUUGAACAUUAGAGCCCCUUAAAAUACUAAUUGUAAUAACGCUUUUGCACGCGGUGAGAUUUUCACUUUAGUUAAUUUGCGUAAAGGUUGAUGCACACCUGCGCACGCGCAUGAACCGUGCACACAACGCGCAUCAUAAGAACAUUAUGUGGACAUCUCCAUAAGGGGUUUGCGAGCGCCACGACAUGCACGCAUUCUUGAGUUUUUGAGAGAAUACGCAUGAGACAGUGACGCGUCCGUACUGGUGUACGAUGCCCGUUGUGUCAUGUGUGCACAAUUGGUGCGCUUGCGCAGGUGUGGAUCAACUUUUAGAUGAAACGAGCGAACGCAAUACAGAAGAAUUCAAAGAAAUUUCUGACAAGCCAACAAUAUGUUGGCGAUUCCUCUGGUGCUAUUUUAAUAGCGGUAAUUAAUUUAUUAUUUAUCAUCUGUAUUAGCUUAGUAUGAGUUCUUAUAUAUCUCAAUAAUGUUGAUAGAACUCUAACUCUAAAUUUUUGCCUAUAAGUUUCCUUGACUUAUAAGCAAAAAUUCAGUAACAUCGACUUUAAUUUUACAAGCGGAGAAUGUAGAUGUACAGACGAGGUUAGGCUUUAAAACAAGGCUAUUAAGAUCCAUUUUAUUUUAACGCUGAAGUGUUUCUAAAAACUCGAAUUCUAUCAACAUUGUUGAUGCGAUGUAGCAGACAGGGUCAGAAUACCUACAUGGUCGACUCCCCUGGUCGUUUGCUCGCUAUUUUUAUUUUUAAAAAAUUCCUACCGUUGCUUGUCUAGCCUUUCCCAGAAAAGAUGACCGCGUGCACAAAUAUUCUCAUGAAAAAUUUGCGAUUUCAUUUAAUUUUGUUGUACCUGUAAAACAAGUGAAUUGAAAAUUAAAAUGUUAAUUUUGAAUUACGUUUAUUUUCUUAUUACUUUAUCAAUAGGUAUCUUCUUUAUUUUAAUUUUAAAAGGUGGUAGCUAUUUUUUUUUUGUAUUUUCAUUUGUUAACUUGAACUGUACAGAAAGGAAUUUAGAUUUUUAAGUUUUAUAAGUAUUUUUUUCAUAUUAUUUUAGAUAGUAAGGUAAAUACUCAUAUUAUAGUACCUUUGAUGAUGCGGAAAAGUUAACGAAAGUUUAGUUGAUUUUUCGUGCAAUAAUGUUAUCAUCCUUUUUAUAAAGAUUUUGUAAUUACUUGUUCAAUUAUAACUUCAAAAUUAAAUUCAGGCAUUUAAAACUCUAUGUGAUUUUAAAAUAUCGUUUGGUAGCCCAGUGGUUUUAAUUAUUUAAAAAUACUAUUACAAUAGUUAUUAUAUUGUGUUGUCACUAUUUGUACAUUCCAAGCCAGUACUUAAUUAAAUUAAGUUAAUUUUUUGACGCACAAUUAUUAUACUUAUUUAACUUAUUUAACAUCGGAAUAUUUAUUUAUACCAGUAUUCUGUAAGAAAUAUCACAACAUGAACAGGCUUUUUUAUUAACCCUUGAAGUACAUGUACCUAGCAGUUUAUUGCAGUUUAUUUUUUUGGCGGUAUUUUUUGAGUGUUUGGCUCACAAAUUACUUUUCCCCCAUAUAUUAUCAUAGCCUUGAUCUUUUUCCUUAAGAAUGAUCUGAUUACGUAACAUUGUUAUAAACUUUGUUGCCUAUAUUAUUAAACAUAUAAAAAUUUAUCCGCACUGUUUUUGUGUUAUAUAGACUGAAUCUACUAUAAGAUAUAAUUUUGCAAUAUUUUUUCAUAUAUCGCCAAAAAGAAGAACUUUGCAUUACAAGGAAUCUCUCAUAAACGAUAUCUCAAAAAAUAAAAUUAUGUAAGUAAUUUAAAUUUUACUACACUAUCUUUAGGUUAAUUUAGAAAUAUUUAGGUAAAUAUAAUAAUAUAAAUUGUAGUGUUUAGUUGAAUGUAGAAUUAAAGAAAUUAAAUCACAAUACAAAUAAUCACAAUUUUGGAAAGUAGGGAUCAUUGUUGUAGUAUUGUAAGUUUCUCUUUAAGAUUUAAUAUAUUAUGAUAAAUAUGUCUUGCCAUAUUCGAUUCUCAGUAUAUGAAAUCAUAUUUAUUUUUCCCUUUAUUAUUUUAGUAUUUUUAACACUAUGCGAACUUUGAUGACUAUUUUUGAUGAGUUCACAGAGUACAUUGUGGAUGAGUUAUUUAUUUUUUUAUACCUUCCAUCAUAAUACAAAAGGUAGCUCUACCCAAAUUUAUUUACUUUAAAAAAAAGUUUAACAUUUUACUAAAAUGAUUCCAUAAUCUAUAUUAUUUAGUAGCUUAAUAAGUUUAGGGACAAAUCUUGUCUACAUUUUGCGAGAAAUAGUUAAAAUAUUUAUAUUUUAACUUUUAAAAAGACUUUCUGUUCCUCAUUUUUUACACAAUUAUUUAUUUUAAAAACAUUUGUAUCAAUAAUAAGUAUGUCUCGUAGUUUAUAUUUUUAUUGCGUCGUAAUUUGUUAUAUUUUUACGCCAUAUUUUUAGUACGGAAUAUUUUUUUUUUGUGUUAACUAAGUAUUUUUUUAUCACAAUUAUUUCUUAUAAGAUAAAAUUUAGUAAGUAUUAAGAUAUAAGUUUAUACAAUAAGUUGUAAUCUCGUAAAAUAAAUACAUACAAACAAAACAAUGUUUAAGGAAUAAAGAAUUAAUUGUAGAAAUGGA